UCCAAGAUGGCUGCGCCCAUGGACACCGGCGGCGGCGGCAGAGAAUUCAACUUUAUUUCCCGAAGAUCUCCCGUUAUUUCUUUACAUGGAAGCGUCGCUAGUAGCCAACCACUCGCCUCACAAAUAGGACUAGACAUCCUGAAGCGAGGUGGAAACGCGGCGGAUGCGGCUGUUGCCAUGGCAGCGGCGCUAAACGUGACGGAGCCAUGCAGUACCGGGCUGGGCGGAGACUGCUUCUGUCUGUUUUACCACGCUGCUUCUAAAACUGUCAAGGGUUUAAAUGGCAGUGGCAGAGCACCAGCAAGGCUGUCCUUGGACCUCCUGCAUAGUCAGGGCCACAGUGCGGAAUGCCCCCCUCCCCCCUUUCACGCACACAACGUCACAGUACCGGGGGCGGCAGCGGGCUGGGUGGACACAAUAGAGCACUUCGGCAGCAAGAAGGUAAGUAUGCAGGAGAUCCUACAGCCAGCUAUCCAGCUAGCAGAGGAGGGUUUCCCCGUAGCACCCGUUGCUGCAUACCACUGGGCAAAGGGAGCGGCCUUGCUGCAGUACCAGGACAACCUGCAUGGGGGCGACCUGCUCAUUCAGGGCAAGGCACCCAGAGCUGGCGAAGUCAUGAGAAACCCUCACUUAGCUCAGACAUUUAGGGAACUUGCCAGCAAAGGAAAGUCAGGUUUUUACCGAGGCAGGGUUGCCCAGGCCAUCGCUGAUGUUGUACUUGAACAUGGAGGAUUGUUGUCCUUGGACGACCUUGACUCCCACACCAGCACUUUGGUUGAUCCCAUUUCCGUGGACUACAGGGGGGUGAGGGUCUGGGAGAUACCACCAAAUGGCCAGGGGAUAACAGCACUGAUGAUUCUUAACAUUAUAGAGGGAUUCAGUAUGAAAGAUUUAGGACACAACACAACAGACUACCUCCAUGUUCUGAUCGAAGCUAUCCGGCUCAGUUUUGCGGACAGCCUUUGGCACUGUGCCGACAUGUCAAAGGUCAAAGUUCCUGUGGAACAGCUGCUGUCCAAGGAGUAUGCUGCCCAAAGGAGACAGCUGAUCAACAUGGACAGCGCUAUGAAGGAACCCCCAAAGGGAAACAUGUCCUGUGGAAAUGACACUGUGUACUUCAGUGUUGUGGAUGGGGAGGGGAACGCUUGUUCCUUCAUCAACAGUAACUACAUGGGCUUUGGGACAGGCCUGGUCCCCAAGGCUUGUGGCUUCACAUUACAGAAUCGAGGUGCUAACUUCUCCCUCCAGCCAGACCACCCCAAUGUCAUUGCCCCGGGUAAGAGACCGUACCACACCAUCAUCCCUGCCAUGGUGACAGACAGCAGGACAGACGAGCUUCUUAUGUCGUUUGGAAUCAUGGGGGGAUUCAUGCAGCCCCAAGCACACGUCCAGGUCCUCCUGAACAUGUUAGAGUUUGGUAUGGACCCCCAGCGAGCCCUGGACCAGCCGAGGCUGUGUGUGGGUCCUGGACAUGCAGGUGCCGUGGGGUCAGUAUCUUUAGAAGAGGGAAUUCAUCCAAAUGUAAGGGAUCAACUGAAGGCCAAAGGUCAUGAUGUGGUUGGUCCAAUCACAGGCCACGGAAGGGCCCUAUUUGGACGGGGCCAAGUCAUCACAAAAGGAGCCUUCUGGUUGGCUGAAGGAGAUGAACGUGCAGCCAAUGACAAGCGGGUAUUUUGGGCAGGUUCUGACCCAAGAGCAGAUGGACUAGCUAUUGGAUUUUAAUCAUAAGAACAAUGAUUCUUUUCAAAAUGAACAUGUAUUUGAAUCAUAAUGAAAUUAUCAUGCUACUUUUAAGAAACAGUUUAACUAAAGAUUAUUUAUUUCUAUAUCAAUAUCAUCAGGAAGCAAAUGUGCCAAAUAUUUUAUGUUUCUAUAUUAAAAUCAGG